UAGUUGAUAGUGGCAAAAUUCUACAAUUAAUAAAUCUCGCUUUAUCGAACAAAAUAACGCUUUUUUUCAAGUUCUUUUCGGAUAAAAACGUAUUAAAGUAAUAUAAUUUUAUCGAUUUUUUAGCUGGUGAAGCUAAACAUUACCUUUAUAAUAAUAAAGAUCUUCUCUAAUGACAAAAUAAAAUUAGUUCUUUAUUUAAUUAAACAUAUGUGGUGAUAAAAUGAAUCCCUUAUUACAUACGGUUUUAUUUUUAUUUAUCAUUACAAUAGACAUUGCUGUCACAGAGUUUUCGGCAAAUGAUUGUAAGAUUUUAGGAUUUAAUAAAGCCAAUAUGCUCUGCUCGACCUGCAAACAUUUUGCCGAAUCUAAUCUAGAAAAAAUUUAUACUAUAUGUAAGGAAUGUUGUCUAAAAGAUAACGAUUAUGAAUUGUCUGGAUCAAAACAUUAUCCCAAAGCCAUCCUUGAAGUAUGUACGUGCAAAUUUGGACAAUAUCCACAAAUACAAGCUUUCAUCAAAAGCGACCGACCAAAAAAGUAUAAGAACCUCAACAUAAAGUAUGUAAGAGGUUUAGAUCCGAUCAUUAAAUUGUAUGAUGCAGAAAAUAAAGUUGAAGAUGUACUCGAUAUACACAAAUGGGAUACAGACUCUGUAGAUGAAUUUCUGUCAACUCAUCUUUCUAAGGAUUAAAAUUAAGAAAUAUUACAUUACAUGAUAUUAUUUCUAUUGAACUCUUAAUAAACUAUCCUUUUAAUAUGAAUAUUACAUAUGUAGUACAUAUACAGUACAUGAUUAUGCUUUAUUUUCUAAUAUUGUAUGUAUUCAUAUUGCCUAUAUUUGUUAUCUGUAAUCAUAUACAAAUUCUUUUUUUAAAUCAUUCAAAUCUUAAUAUAAUAUCAUGUUUCAAUUUUUUCAAAAAUGUAUAGCACAUUUUUUAAAUAGAUACAAAGACUUUUGCUUCAUUAAAAUGUCCUAUCUUUACAUAUAACGAGAUCACAAUUGAUCUGUUUCUUCAUAUAUGAAAACAUUAUUCUAUUUUAUUAUUAAAAAUGAUAACACUCAUGCAUGCAAUUAAAAUAAAAUACAAAGUUGAUAAUUUAUAACAUUAUCACUUCCAAUAUCUCUUGAAUACAUAAAUGUUACAAUGAAAAAUCAUUAAUGAUCUUUUAAAGAAAUUGAAUUAAUAAGAGGGAUGUAUUUAUUUUGUUGUGAGGAACAUAUUAAGGUUAGAAAUUCUUGUAUAAUCUUUACCAUUUAUAUUAAUAAAUGAUAUAAGAAUA